AGCCCCCAAAGUCCUGAGCAGCAGCCCUCCCUUCCUCCGCCAGUGAGACGUACAGCAGCGCCGCACAGGGAUUCUUAUAUCCUUCCUUUAGAUCGCGACUUGGGUACAUCCAUACUCCAAAAUGAAGCCUGUGAUAGUUGUCCUGUGCUGCGUAUUUCUUUGCUUUUCAUGCCAAGCAAGUGCACUGGCUGCGACCAGUGCGCCAGCCUCGAAUUCUACCCACUUUGGCGCAGCGCGCAGCAUUGGAGCAGAGACUUCCAAAAGCAGGCGGAAGCGCUACAUAAGUCAGAAUGACAUGCUUGCCAUCCUCGAUUACCAUAACAAAGUGAGGGGAAAAGUGUUUCCACCCGCGUCCAACAUGGAGUACAUGGUGUGGGAUGACACCCUGGCUAAAACAGCUGAGGACUGGGCUCAUGCUUGCCUGUGGGAGCAUGGACCACCUCAUCUUCUCAGGUUUCUGGGUCAGAACCUCUCAGUGAGGACAGGACGGUACCGCUCCAUUCUACAGCUGGUGAAACCCUGGUACGAUGAGGUCAAGGAUUACUCUUUUCCAUACCCCCGCGACUGCAAUCCCAGAUGCCCUCUUAGAUGCUACGGACCCAUGUGUACCCACUACACACAGAUGGUGUGGGCAACAACCAACAAAGUGGGCUGUGCGGUUCACACGUGCCACAACAUGAACGUGUGGGGAUCAGUGUGGAAGAGGGCGACGUAUCUUGUCUGCAACUACUCACCCAAAGGUAACUGGAUCGGCGAGGCUCCCUACAAAGUGGGUGUUCCCUGUUCCGCCUGCCCCCCCAGCUACGGUGGCUCCUGCAGCAACAACAUGUGUUUCCCGGCUCUCAAGACAAACUACCUGCACUGGUUCAAAUAAGCUUCCUCUCCGCGCACGCCGAAAACCUCCUGUGCCACAGAGACAUUAAUGCCGAUCGAAUUUGCACAACCGUCUUGGACCACAUUGUUUUAUGUAUAUAUGGCUUAUUUAAAGACACAACCACACAUUGAUGGCAGCGACGAUUACAAGUGAUCAUGUGUAAAUAGCCUGUAAAUGAAUCUCUUCAGUAUGUGUUAUUGAAUAUAAUUUAUGUUUAAA